CCAACGGCUGCUAUCUAUCAAAGCCACUAAAUUUACGGAUCUACCCCAUCCAAGCAUUCUUACCCUCUUAAUAUAAAUACACACACAAGCUGAUGAACUAGGGUUUACCUGUUAUAGGCGCCUCACUAGUCGAGCUCUCUCUCUUCCAAGGUAAGAAGUAACUAGGAAACAGAAAUGUCUCACCGAAAGUUUGAGCACCCAAGACAUGGUUCCUUGGGAUUUCUUCCCAGGAAAAGAGCCCAGAGGAUGCGUGGAAAAGUGAAAGCCUUUCCCCAAGACAAUCAAUCCAAGCCCUGCAGAUUGACUUCUUUCAUAGGCUACAAAGCAGGAAUGACCCAUAUUAUGAGGGAAGUUGAGAAGCCCGGAUCAAAGCUCCACAAGAAGGAAACAUGUGAGGCUGUGACCAUUGUUGAAACUCCACCAAUGGUUAUUGUGGGUAUAGUUGGCUAUGUCAAAACUCCACGUGGCCUGCGCAGUCUGAACACUGUCUGGGCUCAACAUUUGAGCGAAGAGGUCAGAAGAAGGUUCUACAAAAAUUGGUGCAAGUCAAAGAAGAAGGCUUUCACAAAGUAUUCAAAGAAGUAUGAAACUGAAGAAGGAAAGAAGGAUCUGAAAUCUCAGUUGGAGAAAUUCAAGAAAUACUGUACUGUAAUUCGUGUCUUGGCCCAUACCCAGAUUCGAAAGUUGAAAGGACUGAAGCAAAAGAAAGCCCACCUUACUGAAAUCCAGGUUAAUGGUGGAGAUAUAGCUCAAAAGGUUGAUUUUGCAUACAGUUUCUUCGAGAAACAAGUUCCAAUCGAUGCCGUGUUUCAGAAAGAUGAAAUGAUUGACAUAAUUGGUGUGACAAAGGGUAAGGGAUUUGAAGGUGUGGUAACUAGAUGGGGUGUUUCCCGACUUCCUCGCAAGACCCAUCGUGGUCUUCGAAAAGUUGCUUGUAUUGGUGCUUGGCAUCCUGCUAGAGUAUCGUUCACAGUUGCCAGGGCUGGUCAGAAUGGAUACCAUCAUAGAACUGAGUUGAACAAGAAGAUUUACAAGGUUGGGAAAACUGGCCAGGAGUCUCACAAUGCUGAUACUGAGUUCGACAGGACUGAGAAAGACAUAACACCAAUGGGAGGAUUUCCACACUAUGGUGUUGUGAAUGAAGAUUUUUUGAUGAUAAAGGGAGGAGUUGUUGGGCCGAAGAAGCGUGUUCUUACUUUACGUCAAUCCUUGCUUACUCAGACUUCUAGGCUUGCAAUGGAGGAGAUUAAGCUCAAAUUCAUUGAUACUUCUUCCAAAUUUGGACAUGGUCGUUUCCAGACAACUGAAGAAAAACAGAAGUUUUAUGGAAGACUUAAGGCCUAGAAGAUUGAUCAUAGUUUGCCUGGGUUUUCAAUGUUUGUUAUUUCUUGCUUGAACUUGGAAUUUUCAAUGGUUUUGGAUGUUUAAACUCAUUUCCUUUUGAGUACUUGCUAUUUCUAAUGUUCUUAUUUGUAAGGAUUUUGUUUUAGUAAGUUUAUGUUUUGAACUAUUUUAGUCAAUGGAAGAACUCUGUCAAUUUUGGGAUUUA